GAAUUGUUUUGGAGCUCUUCACAGUUCAAAUAAAUACAGAGCCAAACUUCAAUCUCCAUUGGAAGGCUGGAGGGUAGGGAUGGACAUGAUUGAAGAUUCAUUGUGUAAUACAUACUCGAAUAAGACGUAAACAACCAAUGCUGGAAGGUUAAAAACGUAACACAAUUCUGGAGGUGAAAUUUCUGUAAUGAAAACGACACAUUACAGAGAGCAAUAACAGCAAUGACAAUGAGAUUGCCACAACCCCAGAAGAAGAAAAUGUUUACAUUGUACUUACUACUUAAUGACCAUCAUAGGAAUGUUACUGGAAAUGCAGUUAAAACAAAAUACUAUGACACACACGAUGAAUUUCAUCGGAAAUUUGAUACACUCUGUAAGCAGGGCUUAUUGAAAGAGGCUCUGGAAAUAUUGCAUGUUAUGGACUACCGUGUAAACACUUACUUGUAUCAAUCAAUUUUACAUGGUUGCAUCGAGAAAGGCGCCUUGCCAGAGGGAAAAGUAGUCCAUGCACACAUGAAUAUGAGAGGUUUUAUGUCAGAUAAUUUUUUGGUCAACACCCUUAUAGACAUGUAUGCUAAAUGUGGCAGUUUGAAAGACUCACGCAAAUUGUUUGACGAAAUGCCUAAACGAACCCUCUUCUCGUGGACUAUGAUGAUUGCAGCUUGUAGAAGACAUGGAUUUUUCAAGGAAGCGUUAAGAUUAUUUGACCAAAUGCAAUCAGCAGGGACUGAACCUGAUGGCUUCGUGUUUGCGACUGCUUUGCAGGCUUGCGGGAAAAUAUUAGGACAGGAAAAAGGGAAAAUAAUGCAUCGGCAGAUUAUUGAGAGAGGAUUGGACUCUGAUAUUGUUAUAGGGAAUGCUCUUAUUGAUAUGUAUGAGAAAUGUGGGAGUCUAGAGAAUGCACGUUAUUUGUUUGACAAGAUGGAGAAAAGAAAUGCCGUCUCCUGGACAACCAUGAUUGGAGGAUAUGUGCGGAUUGGGCAAUUUGAUGAGGCCCUGGAACUCUUUAGGAACAUGAGGUUGCUGUGUAUUAAUCCGGAUGCAAUGACAUUGGCGAGCAUUCUCGCAGCUUGUGAGAGUCUAGAACAGGGAAAAGAAAUCCAUGAAGAGAUCAUUCGAAACGGGUUUCAGUCUAAUGUCUUUGUUGGGAGUUCUCUUGUAGAUAUGUAUGCAAAAUGUGGAAGGAUAAAGCGUGCACGCCACGUGUUUGAUAAAAUGCCUAAAAGAAACACUGUCUCCUGGACAGUUAUGAUUUCAGGAUGUGUGCGGAAUGGUUAUGCUAACGAAGCCCUUAGGCUUUUUCAUAGAAUGCAACUUGAAGGCAUAACACCAGACUCCAAAACCUUUGCCUCUGUGCUCCCUGCAUGUGCCAAUUUGUCAGAUAUGCAACUGGGUACGAAUAUACAUGAACAAAUAAUUCGAAGUGGAGUUCAGGGUAAUUUGGCUGUGAGUAGUGCCCUUGUAGACAUGUAUGCAAAAUGUGGGAACGUGGCUAAGGCACGGGAUUUAUUUGACAAAAUGUCUUGCAGAGAUGUAGCGUCAUGGAAUACAAUUGUUGCAGCGUACUCCAGGAAUGGGCCAUUUGAGGAAGCAUUGACACUGUUUUGCCAAAUGUAUCAAGCAGACAUUCAGCCCACAGGAUUCAGCUUUGCUUGUGUUCUUCCAGCAUGUACAAAAUUGACAUCUGUAGAAAAAGGCAUGGAGAUACAUGAGAAGAUAAUUACAAGUGGAUUUCACUCCAAUAGCUUUGUGGAAAAUGCUCUUGUUGAUAUGUAUGCAAAAUGUGGAAGAAUAGAUCAUGCACAGAAGUUAUUUGGGAGAAUGCAUGAACAUAACUUGAUCUCAUGGAACACAAUGAUAGGAGGAUAUGCCAUGCGUGGACAUGGCAAUGAGGCCCUGAAACUAUUUGAACAAAUGAAGAAAUCUGGUGUCAACCCGGACCAUGCCACAUUUAAUUUUAUAUUGUUUGUAUGCUCCAAUGCAGGCCUGGUGGAAGCGGGAAGGCAGUAUUUUGAUUGCAUGAUUCAACAUAAUCAUAUUACACCUACCAUGGAGCAUUACUGCUAUAUGGUUGACCUUCUCGUUCAUGCUGGACACCCUGAUGAGGCAGAAGACCUAAUUAAAAAAAAUGCAGUAGAACCUGAUGCCAAGCUGUGGCAUUGUUUGCUUGGAGUCUGUAGAAUAAAUGAUAACAUAGAUUUAGAAGAACAUGUUGCAGAACAUCUUUUAGACUUGGAUUCCAAGGAUGCCGCAUCUCAUGUUUAGAUAUCAAGCAUCUAUGCUGAAGUUUCCUGGUGAAUUGACUCUGAAGAAAUAAGAAAAAUGAUGAAUGAUAGGGAGGUUGAAAGGUUUCUAUGUGAUGAAUGCAGUUGGAUCGGGGAGGAAAAACAGAGUGGAUAGUUCCCUGAUGCAAGACAGGAAACUCCCUGAAACAUACAAAAUUUAUUAAGGAUUAGUAAGAUAACCUAAGCUGUUAAUGGUUUACGGGUUUAUAUCUAACACAUCUGUUUUGAGCGAUGUUGAGGGUAAGGAGGUAUUUCCUGUCGUCAUAGCUAUAAGUUGGCAACUGCAUUUGGUCUUUCUCGAGAAGCGACAUGGAACAAAAUUUUGUGAUAGUUCAAACCUCUCUGUAUACGUUGACUAUUGAGUUUGUCACCAGAAAUAUAAGGGAUUGCCUAUUGCUGCCAUCAUUGCAAGGAUGAACAGUGUUUAUGGAAAUAUUAUUGAUGAUACAAGUGAAGCAAGCAAUAAGCAUAUGCGUGUUCUACCAUCAUGAUAAAGUCACUCAGGCUGUUAGCCUAGUGCUCGACAUGAUUUUCUGCUCCUCUUUUAUUCGAGUAAAGAGAAAUAUCUUAAUCCAAGAUCAAACACCAUAACUUUUAAACGAGGUACAUGUUGUAGAAGAGAUGUGGAUGGUUGUGCAGGCAACAAGUUCAAUUCAAUUGUAAAUCCAUUGUUUCACCUGCAUGUUCUAAACUAAGACGAACCAGAAAGUUGAAACUUGAUCAGCGAUCCACAGAGAUUGUCAUGGAAGUUUGGUGUGGCUACUAUUCCAGAUUUUUUCUGGUGUGUUGAACAUGAGGGAACAAUUAUUUUAGGUGGACUAGCGCCAAAGCCUUAAUUGUCACACUAGUUUCCAUAUGAAGCCUGCAGAGUCACAUUAUGAUGAUGAUCACACACUAAUCAUUUCCUCUUAGUGAUUACAUUAAAUGUGUGUGGUUUUCCGUUGCUGCUCCCUUAAAUCCUUGCACAUACAAGAAUGCUUUUUAGUUAUCGUUUAUUCUGCAUAAGGAAGAAUUUCCUCUAUCAGUGGCUUUAAAGGUUGAUCUUUGCAAGCCCAACACUCAGAAUCUAAAAACGAAUUGGUAAUGCAAACUAGAAAAAUCAUAAGAAAGAAUUACAACUGCUUGGAUGAGUGAGAUAGCUUUGUCUAGUCAAUGGAACAUUAUGACCUCCAUUUCCCUCUUGAAACAAAAUUAAUGGCAUUUUCUUCAAGGAAGUCGGAAUGUAAAAUUUCUUAACCCAUUGAGGAAUUUAUAUUAUAUUUUCUGCAAAGCUAUGGUGACUCACUGCCUCAAAUAGUGCAUGAUACUGAAGUGAGUACUGAACUAUGAUUGUGGCAUGAACUUUCCAAAACACAAACUGACGAUCUGUUAACUCAAUCAAUUUUCACUAUAUUUGAUAAUUCAAGUGAUUGCUUCAAAUUUUCAUGAUCUUUGACUUUAUUGUGGUGUCCUUGUUACCCACCAUGUAUCUGUUCAUUAUCUGCAAUUUUGUUGAGAAUGUGAAGUCGAACAGUCACAUGGCCUUUCGCCUUCUCCCAUCUCUUCAUUUGCUAGCAGUAUAUUUGUAUAAAUGGAUGAGUACAGACCAUGUAUUAUACAACUGAUAAUACAAGAUAUUUCCCCAUUUUCCCAUGGAUGUAGCCUUUAAUGGUGAGCCACGUAAUUUCCUGUGUUAUAUGUUUGUCUCUAUUUUCAUUUUGCUGUUUUGUGUGUGUUUAUCAGUUUUAUUUGCUCGUUGUAAUUCAACAAUUGGUAUCAGAGCUUGGUUAAAGCGAAGGAGCAAUUGUGAAGUUUUUGAGCAAAUAUGGAAGAGAGUCAUGCUGAAGUGGGAGUUCUUCAUCUUACUUCAGAUUCGCCUUUGUGUGAGAUUUUGGCUGCUUGAAAGAGGUUGUUGGAUCAAUUAGAUGAUGAAGUUGAUUAUGUUGGUCAGGAAUUUCUUAGCACUUUGGAAACUGAGGAGUAUUCGCUUGGUUCUUUAGCAAAGGAGGUUAUUGUUGUCCAAAAUGUUGGACAGUGUAAGUCAGACGACUUUGAGAAGAUUGCAGCUGAAUUAGGCGAAAAGAUGGACAGCUCCCCUGAUGCCAAUGUACUUAACUCCAUCCAGGAAUUAAUAGACAAUGACGAGUUGUCUAACGGCAAUUAUCUUAAGGAACACGUGGAGAUGACGUGGCUAGAGCUGGAGAGAGCCCACUAUAGUACAAAUAGUUUUGGGCAUCAGUACUGCCAUCUUUGUUAUUUGUUGAUUGAGGGUAAAAAGGAGGUUGAAAGCCGCGGGAAGAAUCCCAGAUUGGUUGUGGACGGGUAGGUGAAAAGUCGCGAGGAGUGGGAGGCCUACGAUGUGAGCCUCUACAAUGGCGACCUAGAUUUCAUGCCCCUCUACAACAAGGGCAGCAGAUUUUUUGUCAGAGGCCAUGGGGAUGAAGAUUUGAUAGAUUCAGUGGGGGACAAAACACCAAACGCUGCAGUUCGAACCUAUGCAGAUGUUAUGUGUGAGGAGGCCAUGAAGAGGGAGAAAGAGGAAACGUUGAGGUUGAUUGCGAAGAAGUAUCAGAAGGGGAAGAAGAUCGGUGCCACUCAGCAAGAUGUGUCACAGGCAUCUCAGAAGAGGAGGAAUAGUUGGGAUCAGGCUCAGGAACAAGAGAAUGUCAUCAAAAAGGCAAAGAUUUCUUCAGAUUGGGAUGCCACACUGACACCAAGGAGGGCAAAUGUUGAUGCCACGCAUGCAAUUAAUAGGCAUAAUAGAUGGGACGAAACACCCACUCUUGGGAGGCUUGCUGAUGUGGGUGCAACUUCUAUUGGAGACAUCACACCUGGUGCUAUCCUGCAGGAUUGACUUGGGAUGCAACUUCGGAGAAUGGAGCUCUUGAGCUAGAUGAUAAGACUAUCCAGAUGGAGACUGAUGCUAAGGUGAAAAUGGUCAAAAAGAAGAGGACCAAGAAAACAGAAUUGCCUCUUGUAGAAAUAAUAUUUGCUGGGCUGGCACGGGCAGAAUUGCAAAAAGAUGUAGAGAAAUAAUUUGAAAUGGCCUUACAGGACAAAAUUAUGAAGAGACCAAGGAAAAGAAAAAUGCAGUGGAAACGUAUGUUUAUGAUAUGCAUAACAAGCUCCAUGAAAAAUAUUAGCAGUUUCGAAAUUCAGGGGCAUAGUGAUUUGGGGAUCAUAUAUGAUCCAUCAACUAGUAUUUAUGGCAUGGACUUCUAUGUGGACCUAGAGCGUCUUGGUUAUAGUUUGAGUAAGGGGGAAAUUGUUUUGCGAUAUAAAGAAUUUUUGACUCCACAAUCACUUGGAGAAGACUCAUCCGAAGUGUUCUUGAAAAUAAUUUGGUGAAGUUAAAAUCUUCUCUAAGCCUAGUUACAAUGGGACAUUGAAAGUAUAAACGCAGGUAAUGUGACUGUUCAUGGCUCUAUGAGUUGGACUUCAAGUGGGAGGUUGUUGAGAAUGUGAAGUCCAACAUUCACACGACCUUUUGUAUAAAUGGAUGAGUACAAAUCAUGUAUCAUAUAACCUGAUAAUACAAGAUAUUU